ACCCCCGGGUCCCCGCGGCUGCUGGACCCCUACGCUGCGCCUGGGAAGAGGGAGCAGAAGCGGGCCCGCAAGUGGGGCGAGGCUGUGGGUGUGGCCUAGAUGGGGCGGCCCCGGCAUUGGCUCUACGGGCAGGGGGCGGGGCCUCAGGGGCCAAGGUCUUCCCUGUAAGUUCGCAGCUCAGGUCUAUCCCACCGCCGCGCGGUCCAGCUCCUGCGCUUUCGCCUCUCUCGGGUCAGCCGCCUAAACGCGCGUUAAGCCCGGACCGGAAAGAAUCGAGGACAAGCCCGGAGAGCAUUGCUGCCUGCCUGCUUCCGGUUUUCAGAAGCGUCUCCAGCCUUCUCGGGAGAAAGUGAUUUUGGCUAUCUCGACCCUCUGACUUCGCUGAUCGUUUCUUAGCCCUUUGGCAAGUGUUUGCUGUCUGGACACCUCGCUCUGGCUGUUUGUGGUGGACAGGGGUGAAAGGAGACAGCGGAGGGCGCGGUCCUGCGAGUGGCCGGUCCCGGUCCCCGGGGGUGAGGUCGCGAUGUCCACCAAGGUGCCCAUUUAUCUGAAGCGCGGCAGCCGCAAGGGCAAGAAGGAGAAGCUGCGAGACCUGCUGUCCUCGGACAUGAUCAGCCCGCCGCUGGGAGACUUUCGCCACACUAUCCACAUCGGCAGCGGAGGCGGCAACGACACGUUCGGUGACAUCUCCUUCCUGCAGGGCAAGUUUCACCUCCUGCCGGGGACGGCGGUGGACGAGACCCAGGAGGACAGCGGCUUCGAAAUGCCCUUCCAGUUCACGCGCACGGCCACGCUGUGCGGGCGGGAGCUCCCGGACGGGCCGUCCCCUCUGCUCAAGAAUGCCAUCUCCCUGCCGGUCAUCGGCGGGCCCCAGGCCCUCACCCUGCCCGCUGCCCAGGCCCCCCCCAAGCCCCCUCGCCUACACCUGGAGACCCCGCAGCCCUCCCCGCAGGAGGCGGGGACUGUGGACGUGUGGAGGAUCCCAGAGGCUGGCGCCGCCCGCAGCGGGCUGACCCCCGAGCCCGGGGUGGAGGAGCCCUUCCUGUCCCACGCCAGCUCCCUGCUGUCCCUGCACGUGGACCUGGGGCCUUCUAUCCUGGACGACGUCCUCCAGAUCAUGGACCAAGACCUGGGCCACCUGCAGAUUCCCACAUAGGACCCGAGAGCAGCUAGUGGGGUGAAUGCCACAGAGGCAGGGGGUAGACACCAACCCUGGUCUAGGACUUGGGGUCCCCGGGUCCCUCCUGUGUGGUUGCUGGCCAGCGGUUUCUCACUUUGAGCCUUUGUCUCCCUCUCUCCCACCCUCUCCGCGUGGACAGAGUGGGCUCUUUGCUUCCCCCUAAGCCCCACAAGGACACGUGCUGAUGUCAGCCGGAAGCACCCCGGGCGUCACGGGCCACCUGGACCCCCACUGCCAAAUGCUCCUCAGAUCCCUCGGACGAAGGCUCUGCUGAAAUGGACUCCACAUUUCACCCACCUCUAACUCAACCUCGAUCACACCCUGAUGGGAGGGGGGCCAGGGAAGAGGCGGGGCACAGCCAGCUGGACCUUUGGCUCCAUGCUGUGGAUUGGGAACGUGCCGUCAGUGACCUCUGUCCCUCCGCCCCAGCCCUCCCACAUGACCAGGGGAUUCUAGUUGCAAUAAAACUUGCUGCUGCUGGUA